UCAGCUCACUUCCUCAUAAGUUUGUCGCAGCGUGAAGCCUUUCUUUCUCCGCUUUUUAAACCUUUCACCUGAUUAACUUUUUAAAGGUUUAAGUGUUUUAUAAACACUUUAACCUCAGUUUCUUCCCUUACAUUUAUACUUUUAUUACUUUAUACCGUAUGGACGCAUUUUAAUCACGGAAUAGAUAGGCUACGAUAAGGUCUGCAGUCUACUAUGGAUGAGGAGAGAGAAGAGGGGGGUCCUACCUCUAAGACCACUCUGUCUGGGAAACAUGGCCGCCGGAGCAAAGCUAAGAGCCCAGAGAAGCAGGAGAGAGCAGACUCCCCUGGACCCAGCUGUGUCUCCAUGAAGAGUGGCUGGUCUAUGGAUCCACCUGUUAGUUUUAAAGAUGGAAAUCAGUCUAUCAAGAAGAGAGUCCAGCAGGAGAGAGCAGACUCCCCUGGACCCAGCUGUGUCUCCAUGAAGAGUGGCUGGUCUAUGGAUGUACCUGUUAGUUUUAAAGAUGGAAAUCAGUCUAUCAAGAAGAGAAGAGUCCAGCAGGAGAGAGCAGACUCCCCUGGACCCAGCUGUGUCUCCAUGAAGAGUGGCUGGUCUAUGGAUGUACCUGUUAGUUUUAAAGAUGGAAAUCAGUCUAUCAAGAAGAGAAGAGUCCAGCAGGAGAGAGCAGACUCCCCUGGACCCAGCUGUGUCUCCAUGAAGAGUUACCGCUCUAUGGAUAGACCUGUUACCUUUAAAGAUGGACGCCCCUCCAGAGAGGAGAGCCCAGAGCAGCAGCAGAGAACAGACCCCCCUGGACCCAGCUGUGUCUCCAUGAAGAGUGACCACUCUAUGGAUGUACCAUUGGUGUUUAAAGAUGGACGUCCCUCCAGAGAGGAGAGACACCAGAUGACGUCAAAGGUUACCAGUGCUCAGUCUCUGCAACAUCAAACAGAGCUGAUCAAGGUGGGUAAAUGUCCACCGAGACGUUUGACUUCAGCUCUCCAUGAACAUUAGAAAGCAUCUCUUGUCCAGCAGGACGUGAAUCCAGGACAGAUGCUUCUGAUGUCCUCA